GACCAAGUGGAGGCCCAUAUUACAAAUAAGCAAAUUUAGAGUUGAGGGUCCAUAAAAGAAAAUCUUCCCUUACGUCUUCAUCUUUCAGAAUCCUCACUCCGCACUUCCCAGUUCCCAGUCAGGCAGAGCAGCCGUGUUUCGACUCUCUUUAACUUCACCGGAAUCCGGCGAUCAAACGGCGGAGGACACCAUCGACCGAUGGUGCGCAAUCAACGGUGAGCUUCUUCUUCCUACUCCCCAGAUAAUAUCUUUUCUCCUUUUCCAUAUCCAAAUUUUCCGUUUCGUACGACGAAUAUCUGACGCCAAUCCGCCACUAACAUCCAAAAGGCGGUGGUCGCCGGUAAAAUCCGAUCGGAACAAUCAACCUUCCAUUUUUCCAUCUGAAUUCUUUAUUUCAGCUUCAACGCAGGCUCUACUUUUGACCAUCGCUGUUCUGGAUGAGAAAAUUAGGUUUCUUUUUAUUGCUCUGAACAGCAAUAUUUCCCCCGCUCCGAAACGCCGCUCAAAUUGAUUCAGUCUCUUUCAUCAGGAAUGGAGAAGCUCAGGAGCUGCUACCGCGAUGUUGCCGAAAUCUUGCUAUCGAAAUUGGAAACGAGGGAUUUGCUUCAAAUGAAAUGCGUCUCCAAGGGCUGGCGAGAACUCAUCUCUGACCGCUCCUUUGUGCUGAAUUACUCACGGCAGUGGCAGCAUCCGCCUCUAUCCGGAUUCUUCUUCCUUAAGAAAUCUUGGCGGGCGGUGAACUACUACUACGAUGCAAGCUACAUUUCGGGUGCACGGGAAGAAGCAGCAAAGCUUCUUAAAAGCCCUCUCGAUUUCAUUCCAGAGGAUUUCAUGGUUACCUCUUCCUGCAAUGGCUUGGUUUGUUGCACAAACUUCUCCCUUAGCAAUAGUACCCUUACUCUCCAUGUUGGAAACCCAUUAACCAGAGAAUGGAUUGAGCUAGAUUGGGAUGGGCGGCGUGGGAGACCGAUCGUCAUGACAUUGAGCUCCAAUCCUUCUCGUGAUAUCGCCGAGGAUUCCACAGACUUCAAGGUGGCGACGGUGUGUGUUAGAAUCGACAAGGAGAGUCUUGCGUUUCAUAUAUAUUCGUCCAAGACGAGAUGUUGGAAGGUUUCAGAUUCAGGUGAAGUGUGCAUUAUGAAGAAGAAGUACAAUAUGUUUCAUACAGAAUAUGUGUCUGUCAAAGGGGUGAUGUAUUGGCUCAUUGAUGCUGAUGAAAUCCUCGUGUUCGAUGUGGAAAACGAGUUAGCUCAUAGAGUCUCCACCCCUGAAUGCCAAUUCCAGUGUGGCGAGCCAGAUGCGUGUAUUGGGGAAUCUGGUGGGGAGUUACAUUAUGUACUGCUGUCAGAGGGAAGACUGCAGAUAUGGGUUCUUGAGGAUCCCAGUGAAGGCAAAUGGUCGUCACUGAGGUAUGAAAAGUCCUUGGCUGAUAUUGACAAUGUGCAUCCUGAGUUGUCACUCAAUCUGCAGUUUGAGAUGACGAUUCCUUUGGCAUUCAAAGAUGGGGUCUUCUUACUGAGGGUGUCGGACGAUGUGUACUUGUACGACACGAGGAACGAUGGGAUGAAACAUGUUGCUCAUGCUGCGGAGUUUGGUACCGGGAGCAUGCUUGAUCCUAUGGUAGUUCCAUACUCCAUGAGUUUGGUUCCCCUGAAUCGACCAUGAGUGAAAAGGUACCCUAACUCUGGUCUCCGAGCUACUAACCUUUGUUUUCAUUGUUGUGUAAAGAGCUAGAUUUGAUCGUAUUGUCUGAUAUAUGUCUCUUUUCUUUCCCCUCUUCAUUUUGGCCUUCUGCAGGUAUGGUUAUGCAAUUGCAAUGUGAGGUACAAGGAGCAACAUUUCGGCAGGAUUAAGAGAGCAAAGGGUUUCUGAAUCUUUACAUUCGGAAUUUAUUGGACAGGAAUUAUGAAGCAGUAGCUUAUUUUCAAAAUUGAACUCGUCAAAUUUUGACGAAAAAGCAGAUGGAGAUCGGCCAAACCAUUCUUUUAUUACAAAUUUACAUAAGUGGUCAUUUUAUUAGUACCCAAAUUCGAGUGACUGUUUAUAUAAUAUCCUAGUUUGAUAUGAAGUUUAAUGACUAUUUUGAUUUGAACUUUUUGAAAUCUCUAAAUUAAUCACAUUUUGAAUAAUAAUUGCUUAUUUUCGUU